AUGGCUCCUGAAUUCUUUAUUUAUAUAUUUUUGGGACUCAUCGAGCUUACUGUAUCCACUUUUUUAUUGUCUACAGUUGUGCAUAAUACGAGGCUACGGGAGAAGUAUUCCAUAUUUUUAGUAAAAUUCAUAGUGGACAUUGUCGUGGCUUGUCUUCUUCUUCUCCUUGCAUAUUUGGAUCGACAUUCAGAUGAAAGGAUAUGUGGAGCCACAUUGGUGAUUUCAACAUCAAUUCCGUUGCUUCAGGUCCUCCUACUCCUGUGUGAAGUGAUCGAUUGGUCAUUAGCCGCGUUCUCUCCUGUGUAUUUCCAUCACUCCAGUCUAUUCUCUAGGAUUCUUCCGUUUAUUGCUGGAGCUAUUUGCUACACUAUCAUUUUGACAGCAUUGGUGGUAAUUGACGCCACGAGUCAAACAGUCUCCUGUAUCACAUCUCCGGAAGCUUCGGCUGUCACCACGGCUUAUGAUUUCUCUUUUGCCAUCACCACAGUAUGCGUUGUCGGACUGGCUCUUUUAUUGCAUCGAAACCUGAAUAGCGCCUAUUUUCGACCAGUUAUGCUUCAUUUCAUUGCGACAUUAUUCCUAGAAGAAAUUCCACUGCUCACUUGUAUUAUGUUGAAAUAUUCGAAUAGUAAAUCCGCCAUUCUUGCUGCAGAUUUUACGAAUUGGCUCGUCUGUAUUCACUCGCUUCUCCAUUCCUCGUACUUUGUUUACAACCAUCAGGACUACGAGAAACCGUUCUGGACUUGUUCCGAAAGUGGAAAAUCGUUAGGAGUGAAUCUGGGAUGA